AUGGUAGCGGGAGGCACGGCCGUCGUCUCCCCUUCCGCCCCCUUUUCCGCGAAUCCUUCCGCGUGGGAGCAGCACAGUCAGGCGCAGCUCCCCCCGUUCUCCGCCACUCCUUCCGCCACCUCCGCCAUUCCUUCCGCCAUUUCUUCCGCCGCUCCUUCCGCCGACCCUUCCUCAUCCGCUUCCGCCAAACCUUGCGCAUCCGCGGACAUGGCUCUCCGCCCAGCCCCGCCAAUGCGCUCAUCAAGCGAGGGCAGCGGCGCAGUUCCCGCCUCCUCCGGAGUCGGGCUUUGCGCGGACGCGGAAUGCGCGCGCGGAGGGUAUGUACACCGUGGAGCCACGCGGGGAGCUUGCGGCGGAGCAUGCGGCGCAGUAAGCGUUGGCGCAGAAAUCCGUUCCGCGGCGGACUCUUCCGCGGCGGACGCUGGCGACGCGCAGCUGAUAUUCUACGUGGGGCUCGCGCACCGGGGGGUUGUGCUGGCGGACUACGGCAAGCAGAGGAAGCUCCUGCGUAGCCUUGUCGCGUCAGCGCUCCUCGAGAUUCCGCACCACGUCAGCAGAUUCUCCAUGGGUUACGGUCGCACCAACGUCCUGCGAUUGGCCGGCGGCGUGGGCCACAUCAGCAGCUCGAGCCGUUUCAGCAGCGGAGCGUGCCACGUCAGCGGCAGCGGGCACUGCCACAGGCUGAGUCACAGCAGUCGUGGGGGCAGCGGGCGCAGAGAAACGCAGGGCGGAGGGAGGGAGGGUACUUUUGUCGCUAGCAGUGGGGACAGUGGUAGCGAUGGUAGCAGUAACACUUGCAAUAGCAACGUGACGAUUCGCGAAAGGGGAGAUUCCGGGACCAUGAUAGGAAAGCACGAGGAAGGGACGACUGGACAUUUGCUGCUGCUGAAGCAGAGCAGCGAAGGUGGAUCCGCUCACUAUAACGGGGAUGCAACCGCUCCCUCUAACGCGGAUAAACCCGCCCCCAUUAACGGGCGCGGCGGCGCGCCUGUCUUCCUGCGUUCGCGAUCCGCGCGCCAAGCGCACGUGAUUGUACACGAGGCCCUCGAGCCGCGCCUGGAGGUGAUUGUGUGGAGCGUGCGCGGGAGAUUAAAACCCAAGGAGCGGCUCGAGUGCUACCCGGACGCGCCUCGGGCGUAUCUUGUGAAUCACUGCCAGGGGGAGAGACCAGGAGGGCGGAGAAUGGCGGACUUAGGGGGCAGCGGAGAAGGGGGCGGGGGAGGGGGAGCGGGAGGGGGAGGGGGAGGUGAGAGAACCGGUGCUGCUGGUGUGGGUGGGGGGGGAUUGAGGGGAAUCGGGGGAGCGGGGGUAACCGGGGGAGCGGGGGGGAUUGGGGGAGCGGGGGGCCGGAGGAUGAGCGCGCGGGAGAGUCUUUUGAGUGAGCUGUCAGACGCGCUGAGGGGCGUGGAGGAGGGGGAGAUAGGCGAGACGCGGGUGCCCUCUCCCUUCCCCUCCCCUUCCCCCUCCCAUCUCUCCAAACCCCCCCUUGCCCCUCCAUCGGCCACCGCCUCCCCUUCUCCUUCCCCUUCCCCGUCCCCUUCCCCUUCCCCCUCCCCUUCCCCUUCCCCCAACGCCCUUCCUCCCCACUCCCCUUUCCCCCGGAUGCCAAACCCCCGCAUCGCGUCCCCUCUCGCCCCUGCUCCUCCCUCUGCUUCCCUUCCUACUGCUGCUCCUCCCACUGCUGCCAUGCUCCCCCCACUCCAUCCCUCCGCCGCCCCACCUGUUCCCCGCCCGGCUGCGGGAUCUGAUUACGAAUCGUGGGUGGUGGAUAGCGGCGCUUGGGGGGCAGCAAGUGGGGAGUGCCGCCCGGGUGCAGAUGGUGCGGGGAUGGGUGCAAGUGGUGUGGGGAUGGGUGCAGAUGGUGCGGGGAUGGGUGCAAGUGGUGUAAGGAUGGGUGCACCUGCUGGAGGGAUGGCAGAAGGGGCAGUGGCAGCAGCAGGGGCAGCAGGAGGGGCAGCAGCAACACCAUAUGCACCAACCUCGCACCAAGCACUGGCUUAUAUUGGCCUGCAAGAGUAUCACCAGGGGAGCACGCCUCAAUUCCAACAAUCAUAUAUCGGCCCGCAAGGGUACUAUGAGGAUGAAGGGGAGGAGGAUGAGUAUGGCGCACCUGUUGAUGCGUAUGGUAACCGGGUAACCGGUAAUCCGGCCCCUCUGCUGCCGCUCUCUGCCCCGGUUUACUCGCCCUACCCUCCCUUUCUUUCCUCAGCCGCUCAAUACAGUAACACUGUGUAUAACGGACCUGUCUACAGUGAUGCCGGCUACAGUAACGCUGGUUAUGGCGAGGGGGGAGCAAGCGGGCAAGAGGGCGACAAGGGGAGUGAGGGGCAGGAGGGGAAGGAGGGGAAGGAGGGGAAAGAGGGGCGAUCAAAGGCCAAGAGCUUGCAUGUGAGGCAUGUGUCUAUGGACGGGCAAGGGGAGACAGAUGCUUCGGACUCUGCUUGUGCCGCUGGGAUGGGUAUGGAUGGCAUGGGUGCCGCUGGGUCGGCUGGUGCUGGGGGUGGUGAAAGCAUACCGCACAGCGUAUAUGAGGGUCGGGCAGUUGACUUUGAGGUCUGGGUAGAUGAUCUGCAGCUUUUCCUACAGUGCGAUAGGGCAGACGGUCUCUCCUUGUUUGACCUCACUUCUGGUGCCUCUCCUGCCCCUGUUGCUGAUGCUGACGCCACUGUUCGCUCACAGUGGGCCACGCGUGAUGCUGCUGCUCGCCUUGCUGUGCGCCGCCACUUACCGACCACUGAGCGUGCACACUUUAGCCAGGCAAGGGGGACAAGGGCGCUGGAGGGGCUGGCGGGGGCGGUGGAGGUGGUGGUGGAGGCAGUGGAGGGAGUGGGGGUGGUGGUGGGAGUGGUGCCGGGGGUGGCGGCGGCGGCGGCAGUAGUGGAGGCGGCGGAGGCGGUGGUGGUGGCGGAGGGAGCGGAGGCGGCGGAGGUGGCGGAGGAGGCGGAGGUGGAGGAGGCGGCGGAGGCGGCGGUGGCGGCGGCGGUGGUGGAGCGGGUCGCGACUCUGCGCAGAGGAGUGGCUCAGGUGGUGGUUCGCGCCAGCAGCAGCGGAGUGGUGUGA